AUGGCAGAGCAGUGGCGGCUGCUACGCUCAAAACACGCUCUUUUAGCUCUUUUCUUUUUAGUUAUCACCAUCACUCUUUCCGGGCCGUACAUAGGACAUGGUUUGCAGGUUUUAAGGACCAAGGAGUCAUUACCCACCCAAGCCGAAUUGUCUUCAACAUUUCGUAACACGGGAUUCAAGCGUGACGAUGAUGAAUACGUUUGCUCUGCAGACAAGCCAUGUGCAAAUGGUGCAUGCUGUGGUUCUUAUGAAGGAACGACAACAGGAGUAUGCGGUUAUGGCUCUACCUAUUGCGGAGAUGACUGUACAUCAAAUUGCAAUGCCACCGCACCAUGUGGAAAAGAUGCACUUGCUGAAUACAUUUUCUGCCCCUUGAAUGUUUGUUGUUCGCAGUAUGGCUUUUGUGGAACUGGAGAACUCUUUUGUUCCGAUGGUUGCCAAAAUAACUGCGUGUCAGAACCCAUUCCGCCUUCUGGUGGAAACACAAAAGGGGUCUUAAACAGAGUGAUUGGAUACUAUGAAGGAUGGUCAAACUCACGCAGUUGCUAUGCCUUUCCUCCUAGUGCUAUUCCGACUUCGGGUCUCACGCAUGUGAACUUUGCCUUUGCCUACAUUGACCCCGACACGUUCCAAAUUACUACCAUGGAGCCUGAUAUGCCAACUUCUCUGUUCGUUGGAACUGCAGAUAUCAAGUCACUCACUUCUGGCUUGUCAGAUGUCGAGAUCUUCAUCUCCAUUGGUGGCUGGUCAUUCUCAGACGACUUAACUACGACACAGCCCGUAUUUUCCAAUAUUGCAUCGAGCGCAGCGAACCGAAAGAAGUUCGCCAGUAAUCUUGUCAACUUUUUGAAAGAAUAUGGCUUUGACGGAGUCGACUUCGAUUGGGAAUACCCUGGCGCUCCCGACAGAGGCGGUAAAGUAGAGGAUACGGAAAACUAUGUUUUUUUAUUGGAAGCUGUGCGUGAAGCUUUUGAUAAUUCUGAUGGUUCAUACGGAAUCAGCUUCACGGCACCAAGCUCAUACUGGUAUCUACAAUGGACUUGGGAUUCAACGGACCCAAUUGGAAGUAUAGUACAAGCCCACACAAACCUUACCGAAAUCAAAGACUCAGUCGAGCUUCUGUGGCGAGUUAACAUCCCUCCAGAAAAAGUUGUUCUAGGUCUAGGUUUCUAUGGCCGUUCAUUCCAACUGUCGGACACAUCUUGUGGAUCUCCAGGCUGUGCAUUCUCCGGUGCCGCUGAAGCAGGAAUAUGCACUAAGAGUGCAGGAACGCUUGCAUACUUUGAAAUCAUGGAUAUUAUAGAUAAACAAACCCCGGAGAUUACUUGGGAUAAGACCGAUGCUGUAAAGUAUUUCCAGUAUGGUGCCACGAAGAACCAGUGGGUAAGCUACGAUGAUAGCGAUACGUUUGCGCAAAAGGUAAAAUGGGCCAACAGCGUUGGGCUGGGUGGAGUGAUGAUCUGGUCUGUUGACCAAGAUGAUACUGAUUUCGAUGCGCUCAAAGGUCUCAUUGGCGAAGACAUCCCCAAAUUGUCUAAACUCGAGACCGCAUCUACUUCGGUUGCAGGCAGUUGGGCAAGCCAGAACGGUCAAGAUUGUCAGGAAACUGACUGCCUCAGUGACUCGGAAGUUGGAUCCUGGGGAAGUGACUUCGCAAUUGCGCCCAAUGGGGGUGCUUUUACUGAUACUUGUGGCAAAAAUAAGAAGAAAUACAUCAUCUGCCCUAUUGAUGCUAUGCCUAGUACUUGUCAAUGGAGGGGUGGUGAGACAGGUCGUGCCUGUCAUGGUCAAUGCCACACAAACGAAGUCACCCUCUUUUACUCCAAACAUGCCACUGUUAACUGUUUAUCACCCGGUCAGCAAUCUUUCUGUUGCCAAUCCAACACUUGGAGCGAGUUGGUUGGCUCUUGUGACUGGUCUGCGGAUGACACCUGUGCUGAGGGAAAAACAUGGGUCGCCAUGAGAAACACAUAUGAUUAUGGGCACGAUAUUGAUUACAGUGGAUAUCGCACUAUCCAACAAGCUUAUUGCUGUGAUUCUGGCUUUGACGAUUGCCAUUGGAUUGGCAAAGGGAAUUGCGAUGACAACGAAUGUGCCGACUAUGAGAUAGAACUAUGCACUGACGAUUAUGGAAACUCGAUGUCGUUAUGUGCCAGCGGCUGGAAUGGUCGAAGCAAAGUUCUGUGCUGUACACCGCCGAAUAGUCUCAACCCGUUCCUACCGGUUCCACUCGCAAAUAUUUUUCCCACUUUACCACCCACUACAGAUAUUCCGGAUUUUGAAAUCAAGCCCAUUCAAAAUUCGCCUACAUCCUCGGGUUCGGAUACAGUCUCCGGGGCAUUUGGCAUGGUUGUGAUUGAUGGACCCGCUGAUGUAGUAACCAGUCUCUCUAAGAGAGACGAUUCGCAUAUCGAGUUUUUAGAUUGUGAGCCCACCGAGAAACGAGAUCCCAAGUCAACUUAUACAGUACGUUAUGUUUGUAUGAAUGAUUCUACCGAAUCUAAUUGCGACGCGGUCCACCAAGGCGGGGCAGAGGGUACCAUUGUCAAGCUUCCUGAGGGUUGUGGUUUUGGAACAUAUGGUGUCGUUAGGGCUAUCAGAUUAUCGAAUAACCUGACAGUUGAGCAUGAACUUCGACAAAGAACUCCGUCGCCCAAUCCUCCCGUGUACGAAAUGGAUAUUACCUAUGAUUACACACUUGUCAAACGGGAUUCCGGAACAGUUUAUGUUCGAAUCGACUAUGGUGAUACCGUAGGAUAUUGGAAUGAUAUUGUUUUGGCAGAUGCAAUCACAAAGAGAGGUAUGAACGAGUCCGUAAACAAGCGAUUCUGGAGUGCCGACGCGGCAGAUUGGAAGACUGAGUUCGAUGCGAUUCGUAAUCUCGGUCUGCCCAAUGCGUAUACGCUAAAUUUGGAAGAAAACGAUAUUUAUCAGCUGUUAUACUCUGGAGACGUGAAGGAUAGCUGUGGUGAGGACGACGGAUGGCUUAAUAUCGAAUUAGAGGGCUCCGUUGCGAGUAAACUCAGAUGGGGAGUGACCAUGGUAGGGACAAUUUCCCCUGAGAUCAGCUUCGAAGAAACUUAUGGGUUUUUCGACGUUGACAUGGAUAUGUCAGGCACCAUCAUGCUUGAUGGAAAGGCAUCAAUCAACGUUGGCGGUAGCACAAAGCCAGCAUCAGUUUUCGAUACUGAUAUCUCCAAUUUCGCAUUCAGUGAACCAGGAAUUGUUUCCUUUACUCCUAAAAUGAACAUUUUAGCAAGUAUGACAGGGCAGGGAACCAUUGAUUCGGACUUUAGACUAAGUUUCAGGGCUGGGACCGAUGGAUAUGCUCGAACAAAUGCACCUUUAUCCUUGGGCGACCUUUCUGGUGAUGUUGAGAAUGUUGUGGGGCCCGAAUGUUGGACCGGAUUUGCCGGUGGCUCACCAGCAUCCACAGGUCAGAGAUUGAGCGAGAGGGACUCUAGCUCCAGUGUUACCCUUCUCGGAUUGCUCCUUGCAAUGCGGACAUGGCUAGAAAUAGAUGUGUACAAUAUGGGCACCAGUGCCAAAGGGGCUACUGCAGAAUUCAUAGUAGAUGUGCCGCAUUAUAUCCGCAUUGUCAGUGACAGCGGCAACACUAUCAGUGUCAUUGGUGGUGAUCAGCAGGUUGGUGUUGAGGUUUAUUCAUCUGGAAUCUCAUCAAAGUGGGAGCAAGAUGAUACUAGUCACCUGGUGGGAUCAGUUGGUUCGCCAUACGUUUUCACGAAUGGUACUUCGAAUGAUGCACCUUUACGCACUGCGCCUAAUUGGGGGUCAAAUGCUGUGAUUACUGGCGAUUAUGUCGGAUGUUCCGGAAACAGCUCUACUAAGCUUGUCUGCCGUCAAACUAGUAACAUGUCCGGUUUCGACCCAGAUUGGCUCAUCGACCCUGAAACAGGUGAUUCUAUUGCAAAUGAGAGGAGACGGAAACGAGAUAUUAACCAUUCAGUCUCGCCACUUCCAAAGGAACAUUUUCUCUUACCCCGACCUUUUGGCGCUCCAAGGAAUUUCACUGUCAAAGGACCCACUGGAAAUUCCUUUAUAAUAACAUCUCACAAAUAUCCCAACCGACAAGGAGGCGCAUAUCUCCUGAGCGUCAAUCCGAACGCAGGCCGAUUUUGGUUGGCCAAUCCUGAAGAUUGCGAGGACAUAUCGUUUACAUCUGCUGGAGACCCAAACGGAGCGAAAUGGGUUACUGAGCAUAUUGUGGAGUUAGGUACCUUCAAAAUGUUUUUGGAAUGGAUGUUGGGUACCACAACUAGAGGUCUCCAGAAUCGGGUUUUGACAUCAGGUUAUGCAUCAGUUGAUCAGCCGUUGCUGGCUCCUGAUGGGCCCUUCCAGUUGCCCUGGAAUACGUGGUCCACUCUGCAAUCUGCAAGCACACCGAUUGACGAUAUAUGGAGAGCUUUUGGUGAUGACACCAACCCCGGUGUGCUUGUCAACACCGAAUCUGUCUUCAAUGGAAUCAAAUUACAGGUUUGGCAGGGCAACUCUCCUAUGGCCGACGCCACAUGGGAUGCAAAUGAUUACGAUGAAACAAGCGAGUUGACGGGUAGCUUCUCAGCUCAAGACGGCAUUUCCACCAUCCGCGCGGCGACUUCGCUGUUCUCCUAUUUGAACAACGAAAUCAUUCAUGGAAAUCUGGUCCAAACAAUGAAUUCGAUAUACGCUACAUUCGCAGCUUUUGACCAGCAGGCCAACCUUCAUCUGGCAGCCGAGAAUCGGAUCAACACAGCUGCAAUGUUCUCUGAAUUUGUCUACUAUGUAUUGUGGCCGAGACUUGAGGGGGUACAAACAUGGAUCGAAAGGCGCAUAGGAGCGAUGAGGGACGCCUGGAACGCUGUACUGGAUGGUCCAACAAGCACAGCGCGAGCAGCACAAGUUAAUCAAGUCUUGGGCUCACUUCAAGCUGUGUUGAUCCAGGUGAGAGAGGUUGCAAUACUGGAUACUGGGUUUGACUUUGACCCACCAGAGCCAUCCAAGAAAUGA